AGUGUUAAAAAAGAACUUUUACUGUGUUUUGCUAAUGGAAAAAGAACUUGACAUAUGUGCACUCAUCCUGCCUUGUUUGUUUGCUGCUUCAUUUCCUUUUCUGGGCAGAUAUAUAUUUAGGGCUUUUGUUGUCGACUCAAUGUGUUCGAGCGCCGAAGCUUUGGCACAAUUGCACUAGGGCUUUGCGCGCUUCUGUACUCUGUGGCCUUCCAUAAGAAAAUCGAAGCUCUUGAAGCCCAAAAUCAUGAGGAGAAAGUGCAAGGAUCACAUCGGUAAAUUGCCAGAUGAUGUUCUUCAUACCAUUGUCUCAUUAUUGAGUAUGAGGGAUGCUGUACGCACGAGCGUAUUAUCACAUAGGUGGAAGAACAUGUAUGCAUACAUGUCAAAUCUUGAGUUCAAUUGGCAUGACAUAAUCUCCACACCAGCUGAUUCAACUCCUGGAACGGUUUGCAACAGCAAAGUGCACUAUUUUCUAGCAAGACUAGAAAGAUUCUUAGCGUGUCAUUUGGGCACGAAGGUUGUCUCCUUCAAGGUUUCAUGUUGCUUUGGAAAUACAUACGGUCUUCAUAUCAAUGACUGGAUUAGUUUUGCCAUUAGAAAGGGCGUUGAAAAUCUUGAUCUUGCCUUUACUUGUGACAAACCAGCUGAGCGCAUCGAUUGGAGAAUCAUUGACUAUUAUCAUUUUCCUACUCAGCUCCUUUUGCAUGGUGAAGAAUCCAAAUUAAGGCAUCUUUCCUUGCGCUCAUGCACGCUUCAGUCAGAUUUUUUUGAUCGAUUUAGCACCUUAUCAACUCUUGUGUUGUGUGAUGUAAAUCUCGCUGGACAUGUUGAGCCGCAUAUGUUUUCUUCUUGUUCAAACCUUGAGUGUUUAACAUUGCAAUGGUGUUUUGGAUUAGAAAGAUUGUGCAUUGGUGAUUCUCUUCAUCGUUUGAAGGUGCUGGUGGUGAGCCUCUGUGAAGGGUUAAAGGGGAUUGAACUCAGUGCCACCAAUCUUACCAGUUUCCAUUAUAAGGGUGAUGAUAUAGAACUCGCUUUCGAAAGGGUUCCCAAUCUGGGGGAACUAUAUGUUAUGAUGAAGGACACUAAUGUGGUUUCUACUUUUGCUCAGCUUGAGAAAGAACUUCCUCAUGUCAAGAGUAUGACAGUUGCCAAAAGUCGUGCCCGUAAGAAAAAGUUGGAAAACUUUGUGUGGUUACUUGGUUCAUUAAAACGAGCCAACAUGUCAUGCUCACUUUUCUUAUUUUUUCCCCUUGUCUUUCAUUGUAGGUUAUAAUCGCUGACGAUUCAACAAGGGCCAGCAUUUGCCUGUGUUUCAUGUGAUGUCCAAAGGAUCAGCUCUGUCCUAGGAGCUCUUCUCCUACUUCAGAAAUUCCAUUUGACCUCGAAUCUUCACUACAUCGAUUGUGGUUGUAGAUGUCUAAUAUAAACUUUUGCUGCUUCAGAUCAUGCGGCAUUGUCAUUUAUAGUUGCUGUCUAAAUUACUUGUCCAGAAUCCAGAAGUGCAGUUUCACUUGUCCACAGAAUUAGAGUUCGUUCUUUUCUGCAAUUUAUCUAGGUCAGGGCAGCUGUAUGUUAACUCUUAGCUGGGGUGUAUGCGAACUGUAGUUCUUAGCUGUUAUGUAAUGACGGAUUUCUGGUUGGCUGUUUGUACAAUUUUGCUUCAUUUUUUUCCCCUAAGAAAUUUGUGUUACUCAUCUGGGGAAGAAAAGAAGUGGAUUGCUCGUACAUGUUUUGAGUAAAACACAACUUGUAACAAA